AUGGAUUUGAAGAGACUCAAGUAUUCUUGCAUUUACUCAAAAGGAGGGACCCUGGUACUGAUGUGGAGUCUCUUAUUAGCAACAGUGUUCCUCAGCUCGGCUCAACCUUUCAUAUCUAACCCCAUCGUCUUUGCAAUCUUAGGAGGAAGCUUUUUCAAGUACAUCAUAGUACCUCUGGCUGUUUUCUUCCUGUUUUUCCCAGCCUUUGCAUUUGUUGGUGAAAGAUGGACGAGACACAGAGUCCUAUAUCUCAGUUCAGCCCUGCUCUCUGUUGGCUCCCUUGGAAUGUUGCUGUCCCUAAUUCUUGUGCGCUUCUUAUCUACCAAGUCUGUUCCACUCAUAAUCUGCUUCAUACUAAUGAACUUGGUUGCUCUUGUUGGUUUUGUGCUCUGCCUUGCUAAUGUUAUACAGUUUGGUGCUGACCAGCUCCAUUUUGCACCCUCGACUGACCUACCAAACCUCAUCUACUGGUUUGCAUUCUCUUUCUACACCAUUGGCUCAACCCUUUUCUUCCUCCAGUCCCUCGUUACUAGGUACACUGGUGAGAACAAGGACAUUUAUAAUUUCUCCGUCCUGUUUUGUUUCCUGAUUGUUUUAACGGUCGCUCCGUUAUUUUUUAUCAUCAUUUUUAAAAAGAACUUAGUAAAUGAACCACCACAAAGAAACAAUCCCAUUAAACUAAUAUGGGGAGUAUUAAGAUUUGCUAAGCAGCACAAAGCACCAAUUUGGAGGAGUGCAUUUACAUAUGGAGAGGAACUUCCCUCUAGAAUUGACUUGGCAAAGAGUAGAUAUGGUGGGCCAUACUCGACUGAAGAAGUUGAAGAUGUCAAGAGUUUUUGGAAUAUAUUAUUCAUCCUCCUUGCUACGUUUGGUUACAGCAUUCAAGAGUUCUCUACAGUGCUGUCAGAGCAAUAUUAUCAGCAUGAUAGUUCUUCACUCUUAGAUAAUAUCAUCAACUUUUAUUCUUCAGUCAUACCUUAUGCAACUAUUGGUGUAUGCGUGCUAGUUUUUCAAUUUAUCAUAUCUCCUUUCUUUCCUCGCUAUAAUCCAAGCAUGCUCAAGUUGAUGUGGGUUGGAGUCCUGAUAGCAUUUUUGAAAACAAUUUUACUAAGUGUACUGACUUUUCAGAUGGGCAAAGACAUUGAAUCGGCCAUUGCUAAUAACAUAUCAUUAGGAAACAACAGAUGCCACAAAAUACCAAACGAUUCGAGUUUCAUUGCUGGGACCUAUGAUGACUUCACCAUACCGUUUUAUGUUUUAAUAAUAAGUCAGGUAUUUGAAGGUGCUUGUCUGUUUUUGGUCUUUGUCAACGGAUUAAGAUUCAUUAUGGCCCAAGGGCCACUGAGCAUGCAAAGUCUGUUAAUUGGAAUCUGGCUGCUCCUCACAAAUUUUCUAGCUUGUACUACACUUGGUUUGCUCAUACCACUGGGUUGUGAUUGGGAAUACUUUGCGACAAAGUCUGUGAUUAUAGGUAUAUCAGUGAUUGUUUAUAUACCUAUUGCCUACAAGUAUAAAUAUCGCUCAAGGAAUGAGAAAUCAGACGUCGAUCAACAAUUCAUCAUUACUGAGUACACUGAGAGACAAAUAUUAAGACGAGAAGAGCAUGAAAAAAUGGAAGAAUUUACUGAUGUACCAUACUAUAGCAUUCAUGAAAAUGACUAA